UUUUUAUAGUUUAGAGGGCCAAUUUUGGUGCAAACCAUCAGUGUGAGGACAUUUGGGUGUUGUGAGGACAUUUUGUCUGGUCCUCUCAAAGUCAAUGCGCUGUUUGAGGAUUAGGACUUGGUUUUAGAGCUAGAGUCAGUUAGAAGAAGGUUAAGGUUAGGGUUAGAGAUUGUGUCAAUGAGUGUCCUUACAACUAUAAAGAGAUGUGUGUGAGUGUGUGAGAGAGAGAGAGAGGCGACCUGUGAAACAUCAUUGGGUUAAUUGCCUGCCUGUUGUUCCUCGGUCAUUUCGAAGUGCUCCAUCUAGUGGUCCCUCGGCUGAAUGUGACUCACCACUCUCUCUCUCUCUCUCUCUCAUUCUCAUUCUCUCUCUCCCCCUGCUCACUCCCCCCACUCCCCUCUCCUCCCUCCCCGUCCAUAUAUUUAAUAAUUUUUUUCUGCCACCGUGAGAAAUAAAGUGCCAGCAGAGCGCAGGGGCAUCAGCAGCAGCAGCGCGGCUCUUGCUCACACAGGCGGCGGGUGGAUCGUCGCCCUCCUCACUCGCUCCCUCACCCUCUCAGCCCCUGCGCCGAUCAAAGUUGUGCGCGUCGCGCUGACGGACCUGCGAGCGUCCUCCUGGGAAACAGUGCAUUUGGCUGGCUUAACGAGCGUCACUUCCCAUCUCCUCUCCACACAUCAUUUGUUGUGUCCAGCAGUCCGAAGACUGGGCUCCAACCCAGCGCCCUGACGGAGGCGGACGCACUCCCGAGGAUCACAGAUGGACUGGCUCACACCUGAGAUGUGAAGUGUGUUAUGUGAUCCAAGGUGUUUUCCCACCUGCCUGGUGGUGGGGAGAGAUGCUGCACUCCGUUGCCAUGACAACAGAAGUUCUCUUUGUUCUUGGGUUCCUGAUGAGCAGCACUCAUUGUAAUCCUAUAGCGACCUUACCAGUGAGCCGAGAACGUCUGGAAAGGGUGUUGACCCGAGCCAACGAGGACAAGCAUCAGGACAAGCAGGCCCGGGAGGAGCCACUGGGAUAUGGCGCUCAGCAGCGGCCGAGGGAAAUCAAUAAUUUUAGCUCCAACAAGACUGCGAUGAGUCGCACCAGCACAUACCCCAACGUCCAGACACGAGGAUCUAAGUCCCAGGAGCUGUGGAGUGAACAGGACAACCUGAACCAAAUAGACGAGGGUCCCACCAGUGACGUCACACUCUCCCUGGAUGCUAUUGACGAGUACGCCUACCCAGACUACAGAGGGAAAGGCUGCAUGGAUGAGAGCGGCUUCGUGUUCGCCAUUGGUGAGCAGUUCACGCCAGGCCCUUCGACGUGCCCUUGCCUCUGCACAGAUGAGGGCCCCCUGUGCACCAAUCCAGAAUGUCCCAAGGUUCAUCCCCGCUGCAUUAAAGUGGACACUAGCCAGUGCUGCCCACAGUGCAAGGAGAGAAAAAACUACUGUGAGUUCCGAGGCAAGAUCUACGCCUCACUGGAAGAGUUUAAGGUGUCUCCAUGUGAGAAGUGCCGAUGCGAGCCAAGUGGAGAGGUGUUGUGUUCGGUGGCCGCCUGCCCUCAGACUGAGUGCGUGGACCCGGAGUACGAGCCGGAUCAGUGCUGCCCCAUCUGCAAGAGCGGACCAAACUGCUACGCGGACACAGCAGUCAUACCAGCCGGCCGAGAGGUGAAGAUUGAUGAGUGUACAAUCUGCUACUGCACAUACGAGGAGGGCACAUGGCAGAUUGAGCGUCAGGCCACCUGCAGUAAGAACGAGUGCCAGCGGAGCUAGAGACUGGCACGCUGAGGGAGGACAUUGGCACACAUCACCAGCGCCAGUCCGUAUGUAAACUCUCGGCCUUUCACCCAGUCUGCAGGACAUCAGGGUCGGACCGCAGCCCUCAAGCAAUUCAGCAUUUAUACUGUAGUCACUCCUGCAUUACAGAAAAAAUGCUUUUAUGAAAGUUUAUAAUCCACACACAGAAUAUCUAUUUAUCUAUGUAUUAAAUUAUUUAUGAGUAUAUUCAAAUAUAGGGAUCAUUAAUGCUUAACUAGUGAAAACAUAUUUUUUAUAGCCUCUGUAUUUUAAUAAGCAAUGUAUUGGACCAGAGGUCAAUAAAACAAUAGAAUGUAUAGAACACACACAGCUGUCUUUGAAGGUGAAAACCUCAACAUGUCGACAUGUGGCGUCAUCCAACAAUCCAGACACCUGCCCCUCUACCACCAAAGUGCACACUAGACUUGUGCGAUAUGUUUUAGAACGACGGGUAAAGAUUUGCUGUGCAGGACGAUCAUGAGCAGAGACUUUAAAAAAUAUAAAGAGAAACAGGAGACUUCAAGAUGAUCAGUUUUCUGAUUUCUUAUCUUUUUUGGAUGUUCAAAUGUGUUUUGAUUUGAAAGUGCUUUUUUGUAUUUCUCUUGGUACUGUGUGUUGAUGUUUCAAAUAAAUGCCAAUCU